AUGGCAGAGGAAGAUCUUGAAUGUGGUCGGUGGUUGCUAUGGGAUAGUGUUGCAUCGUAUGAAGCUUUGGUGCUCCGUGGAGCUUCUUCGGGUGUGAUCAAGUUGUGGAAUCCACUAUCCACAAGGGGUGAACUCAGGAAAGCAUGGUUGCGAAAGCAUCGAAAUCUAACUCUUGAUUAUGGCAAGUCUUUCUUCCUUGAUGACCUGCUCGAGAACGAGACUCCUAGAGGGAAGAAAGACGCAGCGACCGCAUUGUCCAACCUCUGCAUUUAUCAGGGAAACAAAGGCAGAGCGGUUAGAGCCGGUAUAGUGCCUGCAUUGGUUAAGAUGCUAAGUGACUCGAGCAGCCUCAGGAUGGUUGAUGAAGCUUUGACUAUACUCUCGGUCCUUGCAAGUAACCUAGAUGCUAAGGCAGCGAUAGUAAAAGCGAAUACUUUGCCUGCAUUGAUAGGUAUUCUCCAGACGGGUCAAGCUAGAAACAGAGAGAACGCAACAGCUAUAUUGCUUUCGCUGUGUAAGAGAGACAAUGAGAAACUGGUGGCGAUAGGUAGACUCGGUGUGGUUAUGCCGUUGAUGGAUCUGACGAAGAACGGAACAGAGAGAGGCAAGAGGAAAGCUACGUCAUUGUUAGAGCUUCUUCGUAAAGCAUGCCAAUAA